AUGGGAAAUGGAAACGCUUCUAUUGAGUUUGUCUCUGAAAAUGGGCCAAUCGAUUUUAGUGUGAUGAUGCAAGAGGGAGUCAAAGCCUUAACGAAGAUACUGUCAACCCAUUUGCAAGAUAACCCAGACUUAAUAAAUGAGAAAUCUAUGAAAGUAAUAUUUAAGGAUAAUAAUGGUAAGUUAGAACCGGUCUUUGCUCCGAGUGAGGGAAAUUCCGGGCUUAUCAACGGUAAUGACCAGGAUGAAAACUAUGAUGAGGACAGAGAUAUUGAAGAAGCCAACGAGGAUUAUGAAGUAAUAGAAUUCGAUAAUGAGGGCAACUACCACGUAUGUGCCAAAGGCACUCAAAAUCGAGCUAUUGGCUACGAUGAGAAAGUAUACUCCAAAAGUGAGCAUUACGCUGAUUCUACUGAUACUCAUGAUUACGAUGAAGAUGGAAUAAUAAACGAAGAUAAUAAUCAACUCCUGCCGAAAGACAAAUGGAACGGACAUAUGACUAGAUUGAAAAACGGUGCAAUAUCUUCUGCCGAACAUGAAGUAGUCUUCGAGCAUGAUAAUGGCGAUAAUACUACAUUUUCCCCAGCGGAAACGAUUAACGAUGGACAUAUGGACAAGAGAGAUCGUUCUCAUAUGCACCACAGCGGUCAUUCAGAGAAGACUGGAGGUUCUUGUGCUUGUCAAGAGAAUAAAGAUAGUUUCAAAUAUCCAGAUCAUGUACCGAAUUCUGCUCCAAACUUUAGGGCUCUUUUGCAACACACAGUCAAUGGAAAACAAAUGUGCCCCUUCUGCGAAUACUACGUGGUAUUUGGUACACCUCCUGCUUAUAUAAUGCGAUGGGCAUCUUCAAAGAUUUCUGCAGAACACUCACAGUACAAAAUGAAUGAUCAAAUUGUCGAUGGUGAUUCUGGCGAUAUGGAUCGUAAUCUGGAUAGCGUGGAAACCAAUGAGAUGAACAAACAACAGACAAAGAAAAAGAAGAAGAAAUCAAAACGGAAGAGUAAACGAUGA